AUGAUCACAUUCAGAGCGUUGUCUGACUUUGAAAACAGGGGUCUCGAGUUCCAUACCCCGUACCUCCAACUAAACAUACUAGUUCCGUGUAUGAGUGCUUUACACCUGGCGGUCAAAACAACCAGUGAGGCUUCUAGCAUUGGAGCGUCUUCUGUAUCUUACACUUUCAUCCCACUAAAGAAUUACUGCGCCAAUUCUCCUUGCCAAAACGGCGGUGUGUGUUCUAAUACACAGAAUGGUUACUCAUGCGCAUGCGCUUCCGGAUAUACUGGUUCGACCUGUUCACAAGAUGUCAAUGAGUGUUCGAGUAACCCGUGCCAGAAUGGGGCUGUAUGUAACAACCUUGUGAACCGGUACACGUGCACAUGUGCUUCUGGUUGGACAGGAACCACUUGUAAUCAAGAUGUGAACGAAUGUGCCAGUAACCCUUGCCAGAAUGGUGGAGCCUGUACCAACGGACUGAAUCAGUUCACAUGCGCAUGCACGGCAGGUUAUUCUGGAACAACGUGUAGUCAAGACAUCAAUGAAUGCGCAAGUAACCCGUGUGCGAAUGGUGCUGUGUGUAACGAUCUUGUGAACAGAUACACGUGCUCAUGUGCUUCUGGUUGGACAGGAACUAAUUGCGAUCAAGAUGUGAACGAAUGUGCCAGUAACCCUUGCCAAAAUGGCGGAGUGUGCAGCAAUGGACAGAAUCAGUUCACGUGCGCAUGCGUAGCAGGAUAUUCCGGAACUACAUGUAGUCAAGAUGUGAAUGAAUGCGCGAGUUCUCCUUGCCAAAAUGGUGCCACGUGUAACAAUAACCAGAACCAUUAUACGUGCACGUGUGCCGGUGGUUAUACCGGAACAAACUGCCAGCAGGAUAUCGAUGAGUGCGCGAGCUCUCCGUGCCAAAAUGGUGCCACGUGUAACAAUAACCAAAAUAGCUACUCGUGCACGUGCGCCGGGGGAUGGACUGGUACCGACUGUGACGAAGAUAUCGAUGAAUGCGCGAGUUCCCCGUGUCAGAACGGAGCCACGUGCAACGACUAUGUAAAUUAUUACACCUGUGACUGCACUGGGGGAUGGACGAGCACAAAUUGUGACCAGGUGAUUGGAACACCUAUGGAUGGUAACUGGGGCGACUGGCAGGCGUGGCAAGGGUGUAGUGUGACUUGUGGCUCCGGGGUACAGAAACGGUAUCGAGCAUGUGACAACCCUCCGCCUGACUACGGUGGUUCACCAUGCGCAGGGGAUUCAUUUGAGUCCAAUGUUUGCACUGCUUCUGGUUCUUGUGCAGCUGUAGUGGACGGAAAUUGGGGCUCUUGGUCCAGUGCCGGAUCAUGUAGCGCCACCUGUGGUCAAGGACUGAGUAUCAGGGUUAGGUACUGUGAUAGUCCAGCCCCGAGCGGUGGAGGAAAACAGUGCAGUGGGGACGCCUCUGUCUUAUUUGCAUGUUCACAGCCAGCUUGUAAUACGUCAAACUCAUACGGAGCAAAUUAUGUUAAUGUCUGUCCCAGUGGUUACUUCACGUGUGCUACUGGAAGUGUCACGUGUAUACAGGAAUUAUUUGUGUGCGAUUGUUUCGGGGAUUGUGAUGAUUCCAGUGAUGAAAUUCCGGAAUGGGCAGGCUGUGCGACAUUCUGCAAGAGCAGUGCCUCAGGGUUGACACAGACACUACAUGUUUUGGUUGUGUUGGCAGCAGUGGUAAAGCAAGUAUUUAACCUGUAA